UGGUGCAAUACUGUUUAACUCAUCAUGAGGGAAAAGAACAAAAGAGAACAGAAGGUUGGAAACCUCAUAUUAGGUCUGACAAGGUUUUCUCUAAACCCAACACAAAAGAAAAGAAGAAACUGAGGGAAGGCAAUACCUCUUUAAUCCUUUCAUACCAAGCAAAAGACACUAUACGACGACAUAGCGAGACGCACGGGCCUAUAUUUUAUGGACACCAAACAAGACGUCCAAACAUUGUGUCAUUUGGGUCAAAAUCAUAUCCUCAACUCUCUCAGGCAUUUCUUCAAACACCUUGCGAACUGUUGUUCGUGUCUUUGAAUUCUGGGUGUUUCCUAAACUUGAACAAUUGUGUGUGCGAGAGAGUGAGAGGGAGAGAUGAGAAAGGGGAUGGUGGGUGUGUUGGUGGGGUUGCUAAUGAUGGGUAUGGUUGGGGGCGCCUGGGUUGGAUUAGCUUCGUCUUCUGAUGGUCAGCAGCAGAAGAAGACGAAGCCCGGGCCGCCGGAGACGCCGACGGCGUUGGUGCUCGAUCAGUACGGGUCCUCUAUUGUGUUCCCUAUGUUUGGGAAUGUUUAUCCCACAGGGUUCUAUUAUGUUCAAAUAAAUGUGGGCCAGCCACCAAAUCCUUACUUUCUGGAUCCUGACACAGGCAGCGACCUAACAUGGCUCCAGUGUGAUGCCCCAUGUGUUCGGUGCACCAAGCAACCUCACCCGCUCUACCGACCCAAAAAUGAGCUAGUGGCUUGUAAGGACCCUCUCUGCACUUCCUUGCACUGGCCUGGUGAGCACAACUGCGAGAAUCCAGAGCAGUGUGACUAUGAGAUACAGUAUGCUGAUGGCGGUUCAUCCCUUGGUGUUCUUGUCAGGGAUCUCUUUCCCCUCAACCUAACUAAUGGAGUCCGGCUCAGUCCUCGCCUCGCCCUCGGAUGUGGAUAUGACCAAAUUCCGGGUGCAUCUUUUCAUCCCCUAGAUGGAAUUCUUGGCCUGGGCAAUGGAAAAUCAAGCAUUAUAUCACAGCUUCAUAGUCAAGGUGUAGUGCGAAACGUGAUCGGCCAUUGUUUAAGCGGGCGAGGUGGAGGAUAUCUUUUCUUUGGGGAUGAUAUAUAUGACUCAUCCCGCAUAGUUUGGACAAAAAUGUCUCGCGAUUUCUCCUACUACUCACCCGGGAAUGCAGAACUCAUUCUCGGUGGAAAGGCUAGUGGGUUUAAAAAUCUUCGUGUAGUUUUUGAUAGUGGAAGCUCUUACACCUACUUUAAUUCUGAAGCUUAUCAAGCUGUACUCUCUUUGACGAGGAAAGAAUUGAGCAAAACACCCUUAAAUGAAGCACAAGACGAUCGAACACUUCCGUUUUGCUGGAAAGGCAAAAAACCUUUUAAGAACAUGCGCGACAUCAAGAGAUAUUUCAAGCCUUUUGCAUUGAGCUUUGAAAAUCGCGGGAAAGCUAAAACUAAAUACGAGCUUCUCCCUGAAUCUUAUCUUAUAAUCUCAUCUAAGGGCAACGUUUGCUUGGGAAUUUUGAACGGUACUGAAAUCGGACUGCAAAAUUUCAACGUCAUUGGAGACAUUUCAAUGCAAGAUAGAAUGGUGAUUUACGACAAUGAGAAGCAAGUGAUUGGAUGGGCUCCAACAAAAUGUGAUAGGAUUCCCAAACCUCGAUCCGAUGAUUGAUAGUUGAUACAAGAUGAUAGUGAAUUACUAAUUCCCAUGGACAUAAGUCCUAAUAAAACAUCAUCCUCAAGUGUACUAUGUGUACCAUAAGUAUUUGUAGGAACAGGAGAAUGGUAUAACCUCCAAAAAUGUACAUGUACAUAAUAGUUGAUGCAUAUAUUGAGAGAGUAGAAGGUUAUAUA